UUUACCCCUGUAAUUUAUAGAUACUUUAGACAAACGUAUUCUUCAACAAUCUGUGUGAAAACGUUAUCAAAUAAGAUGUUAAUCGCGCUGAAAGUAGCGUCUGAGUUUGUGUAAGGUCGUGUGGUUAAUUUCGCAACUUGUGGUCAAUCGAUCAACCAGUACCCGCUUGUUUUGCGACUCGUAUAAAUCCUCAUAUUUUUCGCUUUUGAUUUAUCCAAAAUGGCAGUCAUUGAGCCGCAUUUUGUUCCUUGUAGACGAAGUGUAUUUCAUUUCUUCAAAGUGCGGGUUCUUGCCUUGACGGUAAAAAUUUAGUUCUGUGUUUAAGUGACUUAGUCGCAUGCCCGGCCAUUAUAUCGUCACUUUGGACAUAGAAUUUAUUGACAAGACUCUCUGUUCAAUCUACUGAUAAUUCAUUUCAUAUAAAGACCUUACUUUGCCAUCUCACUAAACGACUCAGAAACAGGUUGGUGGUUUGUGGAACAAGUUAUUUUCAUUUUCACUGAUUUAGUUCAGUUGACCGUUCCCUCCGUUGACCGUUCUCAUGCAGACAUGCUUUUUACACAUGACUAAGACUUCAGUUUUCUCGCGGUCAUUAAAGGAAGCCAGUCAAAAGCGAAACAAACAGUUGAAUGGGUUUUGAUAUAUGAAGUGAAAUGAGUACGAAAUAUGAAUUAUGUUCGUACUUCCGUGAAUACAACGUCCAAAAUACCCUAUAUACAGAAGAAAUCUUCAGCUGCCGAUUUCCUUACCAGCAGGCCACGCUUAUCAGCUGCGUGCAUAAAAGUUUAAAAUAAAGUAACGUGAAGUACUGAAUGUCGAUUGUUAAGAAGCCAACGUUAAUAUUAAAGGUAAAGCGUCUCUUUUUCCUUGAUAAAUAAAAGCUCUCGGCAUUGAUAUAUCGAGAGGAGCUCUAUAACAAAUUCAUCUUAAGAAUUACAGUCCUCCCCUUAACACGAGUGUAUUUGUUCGGUGGUCUCUUCUCAGUUUCACUUUUGCGCUCUUGUUUGCUGUUCCAAUUUUAUUUGAAACGUUACCAUUUAAAUGAAGCACUUAUUCCCUCAACCAGCUUCACAGUUGAAAAAAGACAUAUUUACGUGUCAACAUGAAAUAUAUCAGUUUGAGCAGAAAUAAUUCUUCAGCAAAGGUGUCAUCAAUCGCAUUUCACGCCAGUCGCCUUGUCAAGCCUUGCAGCCAGAGCACGCUUUCUUUAGUAGUACACAGACCGUCUGCAGUCGUAUUAGAGGUUCAGCAUCCGCUUGAAAACGAUUCGUGUUGUCGAACAUUACGCCCGGUAAUUUCAAUGAAAGUACGAUACCUGUGUAAUUUUGGAAAAGUAGACUGAAAAGGUCUUUUCCUGAAAUAUCAUAAUAUCAAUGACAGGUUACGAAACAGCUACAUUGAACGGACUGCAGAAAGCACAGUAAUAGCAAUUUUAGUGUGCAGGACAGAGAAGAGUUCCAGCAAGAAGACCUUUAGCCCGUCAAACAAGGUUCGUACCAAGCUUAUACAAAGUUCUAUCAUCUCACGACUUCUCAAGAACAGCUUUCACCGAUGAACCGUGGCGACUGAAUACUGCGUGACGUUCGCGAGAAUUACAAGAAUAUUGUACUGAACCUCUCGCUCAGUAUGUUACAUAUUUUUCGCUGGUUCACUUGAUUUAAAAUGAAAAUUACACGAUUGCUGAGUGACCUGUAUUUUGAUAGAAUCAGUCGAAAACGAAUGGUUCCGUGUCUGCUAUGCUGUGGGCCUUCGUUAUUUCAGUGUUCGGAUACCUGUACUCUGAACGCGACUUGGAUUUCAUGCAGAUUAUCACAAGUUCCUAUCGUGUGUGUUCCAAUCUUCAUUAAUUUUUUUGUUAUUUUGCGCCUCCGCGUCCGAAACCUAUAGCUAACUAGCCUUUUAAUUUUGAAGAUUCCAGGAGUCCAAGGAGGUUCGUUUGACCGCUUCUUGAUGAUAUUCCGAGAUAUUUCUGUAUGAAUUAGCAGACUUACUAAUAUAUGAUAAUCAACCAAUAUACACCUACCAGUCAUCACUUCAUGUAGAUGUAUGUAUAGUUACCAUGGAAGGGAGGACGGGACAAAACGAAUUUUCGCCUGCCCAUGGACAGAUUAAAAUGUUUUCCAAUUGUAUGCAAGGAAUGUGCCGUAUGAUCUCUGUUUUCUUUCUCCAGCUUAUCCCCACGACUGAAUCAAGAUGUCUCUACGAACGAUGCAACUUCAGGAUUUAAACCCUCACAUUAUGUGCGUGUUAUGCGGUGGAUACCUAGUGGAUGCUACAACCAUUGUGGAGUGUCUGCAUUCGUUUUGUCGAAGCUGUAUCGUUAAAUAUCUUCAGACCUCGUAUCACUGUCCUGUUUGUGAUGUUGAAGUCCACAAGACUAAACCGCUUCUUCAUAUUCGACCUGAUAGGACUUUACAAGACAUCGUAUACAAGAUCGUGCCCGGUAUUUAUCAUGAGGAGGUUAAUAGGCGUAAAGAGUUUGAAGAGAGUCAAACUGACAAAAAUGAAUCAGCUACUGAAGAGACAGAAACGUCAAAUGACCAAGAAAAAGAAACUCUUCCAUUCGAAGAUCCUGUUUGCAUAACUCUUGAAUAUUUCAGGAAAACAAGGAACCGAAUGGAAAAGGAGGUCUUCCCGACACGUUAUCUGCGCUGUUCUUCAGAAGUGACUGUAAAAGUUCUUAAGAAAUUCCUGGUUAUGAAGUUUGCUAUUCCUGAAACACACAUAACUGAGAUAAUCCGUUCAGAUGAAAUCUUAGAUGGUCACCUGACUAUGAAAGAAGUGUGCAGGAUAUAUGGCCUAUAUUCCAAGCCAUUUGUAGAUCUACAGUUUGUUUUCCUCGAGAAGAAUGAUUCAGGGGUGGCGUCUGAGGAAAAGCCCAAGAUUCUAGAAGUAAAACGAAAGAAAAUUAAAAAACGAAAGGGGAACAAAAACCUCCUGAAGAAAUGCCUGGAUUCCAACUCCCCUGGCCAAUUGAAAAAGAAAUUAGGAAAGAAGAAAAAAUCUUCAUCAAGUCAACCGUGUGAAAGCGGAGGAAAAGUCAAGGUGGAACCCAGUGAACCUCGGUCAUUUGAGAACGAAAAGAAAGAGAACCUGGGACUUUCUUCUAACCAGCUGUGCUCGAAUAUCGAGAAAGGGGCACUGGAGUUUCCUCAAAGACUUGCUUGAGAUGAAGUUGAAAAUCUUCGUGAUCCUAAUGCUGAAGAGUCUAACAUUAGUUUUCAACCUAAAGCCAACGACGGAAGUAAGCUGAUUGUUUACUCUCAAAGAAGCGGGAAUUUUAAUGAAAACGAACCAUCUGUUGCAGACGAAAGUUCUCUUAAUAGACUUAAUCUCCAUGAUUUACCAGACGUGUCAGUAAAUUCUGAUUGGAAAAUCGCUGUUAGUCCGUCGAAUUCAUUACAAGACUCCCAGUCAUGCGGAGAACAUUUCCCGCCAACGACGAACACGGGUUGUGUAGAUGAGACUUCGGUCACUUCGGUCGCGAGUAAUUUUACGCAUGUGCAGUUGGAUGGAAACUGGAAAGGAAAAGAAGUGGACUCCUCAGUAUCGAACCAUACUAAUGACGUUUUCACGAAUCACCGUUCAACUGAGUUGGAGUCUCCUAACGUGCUUCUUGGGCUUGGAUUGAUGUUGGAAACCCUGUAGCAAAAACUCGUAAAAAUUCCUUUUCAUAAAGGAGCGAAUGAGAGGGUGUGUGGUAUGACGUGGCGAAUGAGACGUUGAAUAAAACCGGAUAUUUCUCCUGAUA